AUGUUUUGGGGCGGCAUUUCCGUCGACGGGAAAACGGAACCUGUGUGCGUUUCCCGGACUCGGGGUGGCCGUGGGCAAGGGUCAUUAAAUGCUGGUCGGUACAUUACUGAAAUCCUGGAGGAACAUGUGGUCCCGUAUGCUGGUUAUGUCGGUGAUGGAUUCAUGUUAAUGCAUGAUAAUGCUCGUUGCCACACCGCGGCUAUUGUACGGGAUUAUUUACAGGAGGUCGAUAUCCCUGUUAUGCAUUGGCCAGCACGAAGUCCAGACCUUAACUCAAUAGAAUAUCUCUGGGAUGACCUAAAACGGCGCGUGCGAGCUCGAGAUCCAGCUCCAACUACUCUUCAAGAGCUCCAAGAUGCGGUACUUGAAGAGUGGGAACAAAUACCCCAAGAGGCUGUUGCGACCCUUGUAAGGUCCAUGAAAGAUCGCAUGGAAGCCGUUAUCAAGGCAAGGGGGGGUAACACUAGGUUUUAA